GUGAAAUAUCUGUCCGAGCAGUUCGUCAUUCGACAAGUAUUUGGUGGUUUGAUUCGGAGUUUACCUUGCGUUUUACCUUCACUUCAGAUACUUUCGAUUUAGGGUGAAUUGUUAUGUCGGACACCGCUGAAAAUCGAGCCAACGGCGAGCUUCUAAACCCGGACGAGGACAGCACCAUGAACGCAGCUGCGGCGGAACUCAAGAAGUACAAGGCUCUCAUUGAGUCCGCGGACAUGGAAAGAUCCAGGCUGCUGUUGGAAAAAGCCGAAGCAGAAACUGAAAAGAAAAAAGCGGAGGCGGAACUUCAAAGCUUCAUGGACACUGAAGACAGCAUUACUGACCAGUAUAAUAAAGAUCUUCUAGAAGUACAGGAAGAGAAGAAAAGUGUUGAUCAAGUCAACCAGAAUCUGAAGAGAGAACUUCACGAUCUUCAGAAGAAGCUUCAGGUCAAGAGGGCCGAAAGUGAUUCUCUGCAACGCAAAUUCAAGAUAGAAGCCGAAAUCCCAGUGAAAACGGUGAAGUUUGCUCGUGUGCUGGAGAGAGAGGAGGGAGAGGAGGCCGACGAUCAGGUGGAGUCUGUGUUCACCGUCACACAAAGACCAUCGUUUGUGCUGAAGGGCGGCCAGGCUGUCAUCACGUUUGAGGAGGAGAAGGUGGCGGAGCAGAUCCUCAGACUGGCCAAGUGCUCGGUGACCUGUGACAAAUCCAAGAUGGACGUAAAGCCGUACUCUUUAACUCUGGAUCCCUCUGUGAAGUUUGAGGUUCAUAUCCAGGUUUCAAAGAAGAGCAUCAAGUUUUGUAACGCCCCGCCCACUUUACCUGAGGAGCGAAUGAGGGACCGGCUGGAGCUGUCGUUCUCCAGAGUGAGUCGUGGUGGAGGGGAAGUGGAUAAACUGGAGUACGACAAGCAUACGGGCACGGGCCGCGUCACUUUCCUCAACACAGGAGUUGCUGAGAAUCUGGUUCACAGAGGAAAGUUUUGUGUCGACACCGGCAGCGACGUGUUGGUCGACGUUCUUCCUCUGUACGAGUAUCAGCUCAGGAAAUUUCAAGUACGUACUCGGGGGGUCCCGAAUCGCACCGUGCUGCUGGGGGGAAUCCAGGCGCUGAUGGAUGAAGAAGAUCUUCAGGACCAUCUGGAGAUCCACUUCCAGAAGCCCAGCAACUACGGAGGAGAGGUGGAGAACAUUAAAUACGUUCCUGAUGGAACGCAGCUGACGGCUUUCUUCAGCGAGGACAUCACCGAAAAGGAACAGUGAUGACCAAUUUCCAAAACUAAAAAAAAAAAAAUCUGGUUUUACCUUAAGGCAGUGAUGCAUUAGUCAUAUUUACAUGCUGUUAUGUAUGUGGGAUUUUUCAGAUUUUCCCUCAGAUUAUAUAUUAUAGGCUGUAUCAAUCGUAUCUCAUCACCGUCUUCUGUAACAGUGUGACAAAAUUGGGCAUCAUAAAAUAUAAUUGAUUUAAGGAAGGUUGUGAAUCUUCAAAUGAGAAUCAGAUUUAUCUCUUGUCCAAUCUUAAACUGCUUGGAUCUUCAGUCUUAUGAAUGUAUUUCGAUGUACAGAUGCUGUAUUAAAAUAAAGUUUAUUCUAAUGUUGUCUGCA